UCAAAUGUCUUAAUAUGUAAUUAAUUUUGCUAAUGUAACUUCCAUUGAUUAAAUGAGAUGAGUUACAAAACUGAACUACAUUUUUCUUUUCAUUUUUGUCAACACUCGACUACUAUACCAGUGGCUUUAAUGAAUCUUUCAUCUCAUAAGUCAGACGAAAACCAAAUUCUUUAUCUAACACUAUAACUUACGUUAUACACUUACUUAGUAAUUAAAGAAACACUAACAUAAGUUUGAUUCUCUCUACGUUAGUAUCUUCUUUGUUUCCUACCUCUGCCUUCCUUCACUCAUGAUCAAAAGAAGCAGGUGUCGAAGAUCGUUGUUAUGUUUUUUGGUGUUCCACGGCGGAGCUACAGCUACCGGAGCUCCCUCUGGCGGGAAACAGCUCUCUCAGACGCCCACUUGGGCGGUCGCCGUAGUCUGCACCUUCCUCAUCCUAAUUUCCCAUCUCCUUGAAAAGGGUCUUCAAAGACUCGCUGACUGGCUAUGGAAGAAGCAUAAAAACUCUCUCCUUGAAGCCUUAGAGAAAAUUAAAGCUGAGCUGAUGAUCCUUGGAUUCAUUUCUUUAUUACUCACUUUUGGAGAAACAUAUAUUCUCAAGAUCUGUGUUUCUCGAAAGGCUGCUCUCUCUAUGUUACCUUGUUCAUCUGAAGACACAGAGCUUUUCCAGAAACUUGCUCCAUCUCUUAGCAGACAUCUUUUGGCUGCUGGUGAUAUAUCUGUGAAUUGCAAACAAGGAUCUGAGCCACUUAUAACAUUGAAAGGCUUGCACCAACUUCACAUCUUGUUGUUCUUCUUGGCGGUUUUUCAUGUCCUCUAUAGUUUAAUCACUAUGAUGCUUAGCAGGCUCAAGAUACGUGGAUGGAAAAAGUGGGAGCAAGAGACAUUAUCUCAUGACUAUGAGUUUUCUAUUGAUCAUUCAAGACUUAGGCUCACUCAUGAGACUUCUUUUGUGAGAGAACAUACAAGUUUCUGGACAACAAUUCCUUUCUUCUUUUACGUCGGAUGCUUCUUUAGGCAGUUCUUUGUAUCCGUGGAAAGAACCGACUACUUGACUCUGCGCCACGGAUUCAUCUCUGCCCAUUUAGCCCCGGGAAGAAAGUUCAACUUCCAGAGAUAUAUCAAAAGAUCUCUCGAGGAUGAUUUCAAGUUGGUAGUUGGAAUAAGUCCAGUUCUUUGGGCAUCAUUUGUGAUCUUCUUGCUGUUUAAUGUUAAUGGCUGGAGAACAUUGUUUUGGGCAUCGAUACCUCCCCUGCUCAUAAUCCUAGCUGUUGGCACAAAGCUUCAAGCGAUUAUGGCAACAAUGGCGCUAGAAAUCGUAGAGACACAUGCAAUAGUUCAAGGGAUGCCUCUAGUGCAAGGUUCAGAUCAAUACUUUUGGUUCGAUUGUCCUCAAUUGCUUCUUCAUCUUAUCCACUUUGCCUUGUUUCAGAAUGCUUUCCAGAUAACACACUUCUUCUGGAUAUGGUAUUCUUUUGGAUUAAAAUCAUGCUUCCAUAAAGAUUUCAAUCUUGUAGUCAUCAAACUCUUUCUAUGCCUAGGAGCUUUAAUCUUAUGCAGCUACAUCACUCUCCCGUUGUACGCCCUAGUUACUCAGAUGGGUUCACACAUGAAGAAAGCAGUGUUUGAUGAGCAAAUGGCAAAGGCAUUGAAGAAGUGGCACAAAGACAUCAAACUGAAGAAAGGCAAAGCGAGGAAGCUCCCGAGCAAGACACUUGGUGUUUCAGAGAGUUUCAGCCUCUCUUCCUCUUCCUCCGCAACUACUCUUCACCGUUCCAAGACCACUGGUCACUCUUCUAACAUGAUAUACUACAAACAAGAAGAUGAAGAAGACGAAAUGUCUGAUCUUGAAGCUGGAGCAGAGGAUGCUAUUGACAGGAUUCAACAACAACAGAUGGAAUUCCACCACUCUUAGCUGUUUUCUUCUGUUGUUACUUCAAAGUUCAAAUGAAAGUUUCAUUCGGGUCGGGUUUUUCGGGU